CAAACAGCCCCUGAAAACUCCGUGGCCCCGUUCAAACACCAUUAUCCCAGCGAGACAGGCCGCCGGCGGCCAGAGCAGGAAUGGCAAACGCUCUCUGAUGUUUUUCACGAAGAUUUCUUCGCUUCCUUUUUACUGUUUAUGAACGUGUCUCCUCUCUCUGUAGUUUGCUCAAGAGAGAUCGUGCCAUUUUUGUCUGUGGUAAACGGGACCUAGCGUUUAGUUGCUCCUUUUCAGAAAUUAACGAGACCUAGGUUCGAAAACCACUGUAUAAGAUCUAACUAUUGUUGCUUCUUCCACCUCUCGAGCACCAAACUGGCCGGCUAUAGAUUACUGUUGAUCAGGGGUGAGUGACAUGGACGAAAUCGCUUCCCGGGAAGAGAAGGUGCGUAAGUUCGAGGAAUUCGUGGAUCGCCGCCUCAAGCCGGACCUUGUAAAAGCUGUCGCUCAGCGGGAUAAGGUUUUCCAGCAGCAGAAAGUCUUCCAAGAUCUCAGGAGGAACAUACAGUACCUUGAGAAGAACGGCGUGACUUCCCUCCGUACCAUGGUUAAUCUUGGGUCUGAAGUUUUCAUGCAAGCUGAUGUGCCUGAUACACGACAUAUUUUUGUUGACAUUGGAAUGGGGUUUCAUGUGGAAUUUACUUGGUCUGAAGCCUUGGAAUUCAUUUCAGUGAGAGAAUCAAGAUUAGCCAAGCAAAUAGAAGAGUAUACCCACCUAAUUGCUACAGUGAAAGCCCAAAUCAAAUUGGUUUGUGAAGGCAUACGCGAGCUGCUUCAGAUACCAGCAGAGUGACAGAAAGCCGUGUUACGCUGUGCUGUUUGCUAAUUCUGACACUGCAGGUGCUGCUUCAUUUCCUCAUUAAUGCAACAACACCUAAAUACGGUUCUCACUUCUGGAGAUCUUUACUGUGUCUUUUUUUUUU